AUGAGUUCAUUAAGACGUUCAUCAAUAACUGGACUUUAUCAUCCAAUAGGUUGGAGAAGGACUAAUUAUUCAUCAUCUAAUUCAUCUUUAACAGAUAAUCAAACUUUAUCAACAAUAGAAAAAAAAACAACAACAACUAUUAACAAAAUUUUAAAUGCUGAUAAAUCAGGAUUUUUACCAACAGAAUCAUAUUUAUGUUCUUCUUGUUCAUAUUCAAAUGUUGACUUAUCAAAAUCGUUAUCUUCUAUUGAUCGAUCUAUUUUAGAAGGUCAACUAAAACGAUCAAUUUCCUCCAAUGAAACAAUGGAAGCAACUAUUAAACGAAUACGUACUGAAUCGAUAUUUUCUAUAAAAGAUCUAAUUAAUCAAAAUCAAUUAUUAGAACGUUCUCUUAACGAAUCAAGAAUAAAAAUUUAUCAAUUAGAAGAUUUAUUAGAUAAAACAAAACAACAAACAAUUAAUUCAAAUGAUAAAAUAACACCAAUUUCAAUUUAUGAACAGCAAAUAAAAACAUUAGAAAAUGAUAAACUUCAAUUAAAACUUCAAUUAGAACAAUGUAAAAAUUUACAUAGAAAAGAAAUAACUCAACUUGAACAAACUAUAAAUGAUUUAAAACAUCAAUUAGUUGAUUAUCAGAAUAAAUUAAAAUUAAUUCAAUUUGAUCAAGAUAAAUUAAAUAGUAUAAAUCAAAAUAAUUCGAAUCAAUUAAAUGAAAAAAGUCAAACGAUUGAACAAUUACAAAAACGUAUUAUUGAAGUUGAAUUAAUUUUAUCAACAAUUGAUUCAACCAAUGUUAUCAAUCAAUCAUUAGUUAAUGAUGUUAAACAAAUCAAUGAUCUUCGUUAUCAAAAUGAACAACUAAAAAAAGAUGUUCAAUUACUCAAACUUAAAUGUAAUGAACGAAUAUUACAUGAUGAAGAAACUCGAAUGUUACGUAAACAAGUUAAUAUAAAAGAUGAUUAUCGAACAGUAAUAGCUAAACAACAAGCAGAAAUUCAUAAACUUCGUGAACAAUUAUCAAAUGAGAACAAAACAAAAUCGAUAUAA